AUGGCUAAUAACUUUUUCCUUUUAUUUGUAUUUGUUUUUGCUAGUCAAGUGAUUGGCGGAUUGAAUACAAAGCUACCACCUCCUUCCUAUGGAAAUACAGUAAGCAUUCUUAGUAUUGAUGGAGGUGGGAUUAAGGGAAUUCUUCCAACUGUUAUUCUUGAGUACUUGGAAAAUGCUCUUCAGAGUGUGUCAAGAGAUGAAAAGGCAGCACUAGCAGACUAUUUUGAUGUGAUAGCAGGAACAAGUACAGGAGGAAUCAUUACUGGAUUGCUAACUACUCCUAACCCUAAUGACACUUCACGUCCUUUAUUUACUACUAAACAAAUCUUACAAUUCUACUUGGAAUUUGGUCCUUCUAUAUUCAACCAAACUUAUGCUAUUGGUUGGGAUAAUGAUACUCCACAUGCCAAGUUUGACGGCAAGUUCUUACAUGAAAAGGCACAUGAGCUUUUGCAAGAAACACGUCUGCAUGAUACAUUGACCAAUGUUGUAAUUCCAACCUUUGAUACCGUUGAUUUACACCCAGUUAUCUUCUCAAGCUUUAAGAAUGGUGAUAAGGAAUUCAAUCUAGUUGAUGGGGCUCUCACUGCAGGUGGCCCGGCUUUGCUUGCAAUAAGUGAAGUGAUACAACAAUUGAAUGAGAAGAAUUCUGAUUUCAUUCCAAUAAAAGCAAACGAGCCCCUCAAAAUCGUGUUGUUGUCACUAGGAACAGGAAGUAGUCCAUCAGAUUUAAAACUUCCUGCUUCUUUGGGACAGUUCCUUUCCUUUAAUCAAUGGGUACCCAUAUUAGCUCUUGGUUAUGCUAUAUCUGCUGGACAAGUGAAUGAUUAUCAUCUUGAAUCUGUGUUUCCAAGCGAUUCAUCUUCUUCCGACAAUUACUAUCUUCGAGUUCAGGAGUAUAAUUUGGAUCCAUCCAUAGCUGCUGAUGAUACUAGUAAAGAAAACAUGGAAAAACUUAUAAAGGCAGCAGAUGAUUUGCUCCCACAGUCUGUUAAGGUUUUGAAUGUAACUUCUUUUCUUCCAUUCGAGAAACCAAGCGAGGGUACAAAUGCUGAAGCUCUUGAAAGGUUGGCUGAAAUUCUAUACAAUGAGAGGAAGGUGCGUUUGAAAAGAAAAUCAAUGGAAAAACAAGGACGACCUUUCAUUGCUUCUGCUCUCCGGAUGAUUUAA